GAGGAAAGCCCGCCAGGCGAAGGCUCGCCGCAUCGCUCCCCGUCCCGUGGCUGGGCCCAUCCGGCCUAUAGUGAGGUGCCCUACGAUCAGAUACCACAAAAAAGUUCGUGCCGGCAGAGGCUUCAGCCUAGAAGAGCUUAAACUCGCUGGCAUCAACAAAAAGUUUGCCCGGACUAUUGGAAUCUCGGUGGAUCCCCGGCGACGUAACAAGUCUACAGAGUCACUGCAAGCCAACGUGCAGAGGCUGAAGGAGUACCGCUCCAAGCUUAUCCUCUUCCCAAGAAAGCCGGCUAUGCCCAAGAAGGGAGACAGCUCCGCUGAGGAACUGAAGAUGGCAACUCAGCUGACCGGGCCCGUUAUGCCCAUCAAGAACGUUUUCAAGCGGGAGAAGGCCCGGGUUAUCUCGGAAGACGAGAAGAACUUCAAGGCUUUCGCCAGCCUGCGCAUGGCCCGGGCCAACGCCCGGCUCUUCGGGAUUC